GUCGAGGACAAACCACAGCCAAACCACUGCCCUCCGCCUGUGCCAAGGCGCUAGGAGUCGACAUUGAUCACAGUCAACGACAGCUGCAGCAGUGCUGCAGUUGUAGAGUGCGUAGCACCGUGUGCAGCACCGUGUGCAGCAGACCAUCAGCAAUCAGGGACGGAUGCGCGUCAGUGAUGCGGCAGUAGCGUGAACUGUUUGCAGAAAAUCAAUCAAAACGAUGCGCGUGGACUACAUCCUCGCGACCCACCUCCAGUGCAAGCCGCGCAGCGACCGCGUCAAAGCCGCGCUGGCCGAGGGCUUGGUCGUUUUGCGCGACGUGGAUGGCGGCGAGCACGUGAUACGCGACGCGACGUUCCAGGUCGUCGUCGGCGCCGAGACGCUGCGUUGCGACGGGACGGAACUGAAGCGGCCGUUCCAGCGCCUCCUUGCGGUCCAUAAAGAGGCCGACGGUAGUGUAGAAGACGCCAUCGGCGCGCUGGCCCACCCGGACCUCGGGAUGAUCGGACGUUUAGAUAGAGACACGUCGGGACUCGUGCUCUGCGGCACGGACGGCGGUCUGCAGUGCCUGCUGGCGCACCCCUGCAGCCACGUUUCUAAAACUUAUGAGGUUGCGCUGGGGCCGUUGCGCUACGCGCGCGUCCACGCCGCGGAGGGGCCGCCCUCGGCGACGGGCCCGCUCGACGCCGACGCCGAGAGCAAGUUCGAACGAGGCCUCGUCCUGGACGAUAGGCGGGGCACCAAGUGCGCGGCUGCGACGCUCGAGCGCCUCGGCGCCCUCCGCGUGCGCGUGACGCUGGCCGAGGGGAUGCACCACCAGGUCAAGCGGAUGGUGGGCGCGUGCGGCGGAGCGGUCGUGGGCUUGGCGCGGACGGCCGUCGGGCCCGUACGGCUCGGAACGCUGGCGCCGGGGGCCGCGCGGCCGGUCACGGAUGAGGAGCUGCGUGCCAUCGCCCGCGCGGUGCCCCUGCGCCUCCGCGGCGGCGCGGCGCGCAAAGCUCACCAGCCCGACGCGGGCCGGCCGUGCGAGCGGUCGAUCCGGGCGCGGAAGGCGAAGAACCGUGUGGUGGUGUAAGUGUCUCGUGUGU